UUUAAUCUGCAGGCAUUUUACACAGUUGCAUUCUACGUGCUUCGUAUGCUCGGUGAAUGUAGUGUACAGGGUGUUGUCGCAGAGUCGGACUAGAUCCAGAUCCACGACUACAAGUGCAGCGAGCUCGACGACAGUCGCCGACAACGAGUUCAGCGCAAAAUUUAAAGUUGGUAAUCAACCACUUGUAAAUGAAUCUUCAUCGGAUUCAGUCGUCACUUUGCAGCUACGUAAUAUAGUAAUACACACUCGUUGGCAACAAUUUAAUAAGAGUUAAUUAAGAGCGGUUCUAGUGCACAAUGGUGAUCAAUUUCGGAGCUGGUCCGGCCAAGUUGCCACGUGAGGUUCUGCUGGAAGUCCAGAAAGAACUUGUGGAACAAGGUUCCAGCGGGAUGAGUGUAAUGGAAAUGUCCCACCGGGGAGCUUCUUACAUGAAACUUCACAACGAUACGGUUGACUUGGCCCGGGAACUACUAAAGGUUCCUGACAAUUACAAAGUUCUGCUAAUGCAAGGUGGAGGAACCGGCCUGUUCGCCGCGGUUGCCAUGAACUUGAUUGGUCGAACUGGUUCCGCUGAUUAUGUGGUAACCGGUUCAUGGUCGGCGAAAGCAGCGAAAGAAGCUGCCAAAUACGGAAAGGUUAAUCAAGUUGUUGCCAAGCCGAAUAAAUUUACACGUGUUCCCAAUCGAAAGGAAUGGAAUCUUGACCCGAACGCUUCGUAUGUAUACUACUGUGAUAACGAAACAAUCGAGGGUGUUGAAUUCGAUACAGUUCCGGAUACGAAUGGAGUGCCCUUAGUAGUCGACAUGUCCUCCAACAUCAUGUCUCGACCAGUCGAUAUUAAGAAAUUCGGCGUCAUCUUUGCCUGUGCUCAGAAGAAUAUCGGUCCUGCGGGUAUUACGUUGGUUAUUGUAAGAGACGACCUUAUUGGAUACCAAAUGCCAAUAACUCCCACAAUUCUGGAUUUUUCGAUUGUAGCAAAGGAUAACUCUAUUAACAAUACACCACCGACUUUCAUCAUCCACGUUGUCGGCCGGGUGUUCGCCUGGAUCAAACGUCACGGUGGCGUCGAAGAGAUGUACAAAACCUCCCUGACCAAGUCGAACCUAAUCUACGACGUUAUUGCAUCAUCCAAAGAUUUCUACUACUGCCCAGUCGAGAGUAACGUACGCAGCUGCAUGAAUGUUCCAUUCCGCGUCGGUGGGGCCGGUGGUAACGAAACACUUGAGAAAGAGUUCCUCAAAGGAGCAGAGGCUCUCGGAAUGCAGCAACUCAAAGGCCAUCGCUCCGUCGGUGGUAUUAGGGCAUCCCUUUACAAUGCCGUCACUGUUGAAGAAACGAAAGUGCUUCACAAAUACAUGCUAGACUUCAUGGCUAAGAAUUCAUAAAUCCAUACACAGUUUAUUCUUCUCAAUCAUUUAAAUAAAACAAAAUCAAUUAUUCUA